UUUAAGAAACAGACUAGGAUUGCAUGAUGGCAUUUUCAGGACAAAAACUCUCUAGGAAGAAUAUUGCUCUGGUUAUUUUUAUACAAAUAUGUUUGGCUGUGUUAUUGGUAACAGUCUAUCAAAUGAGCAACACUCAGAAAGAAUGGAUAUCUAAUCAACUAGAUAAAACCCAAUUUGAACACUCUAAAGUCAUUCUUCUUUGGACUUACCCAUUUGGUCAGAAAUUUAAACUCAAUGAAUGUCCUCCUCACUUAGAUCAAUCUGGAUGCUUUUUUACUGAUAACAGAGAAUUAUAUUCCUUGGCAAAUGUGGUUAUUUUCCACCACAAAGAUGUAAGUAGAACAAAAACGCAGUUACCGCAAGGCCCUAGACAUAUCUACCAAUACUGGAUUUGGUUUAACAUGGAAUCUCCAUCACACACCAGAAAUCUACACUUCAUGGAAAAUAAAUUUAAUUUCACCAUGUCUUACAGAGCAGAUUCUGAUAUUUUCACUCCAUAUGGCUACCUAGAGAAUAAAAAAUCAGAUCAGAACUUCACCAUCCCUACAAAGACCAACCUUGUUGCCUGGAUAGUCAGUAACUGGUACCCCACUUCAAAGAGAAUUCAAUAUUAUAAGGAACUUAAACAAUACGUAACUAUUGACAUUUAUGGAAAGCGCCAUCUUCCAUUAUCAAGUGAUAUUCAGGUAGACACUUUGUCCAAAUACAAAUUUUACUUGUCCUUUGAAAACUCUGCCCAUGAAGACUAUAUCACAGAGAAGCUUUGGUACAAUGCACUCACAUCUGGAACAGUGCCAAUUGUUAUGGGUCCAUCACGUAAAAAUUAUGAACGUUUUAUUCCUUCACACUCUUUCAUUCAUGUAGAUGACUUCCCUAGUGCUCAGGAACUGGCUGCUUAUCUCUUGGAGUUAGACAAGGAUGAUCAGAAAUAUCAACAAUAUUUCAACUGGAGGGCUAUGUAUCAGUCAUCUGGACAGUUCGAUUGGGAACACAUUUACUGCAAAGUCUGUAAAGCAUUAGAAGCGGCUCCUGUUUAUAGGACAAGACCAAGCAUUGAGAAAUGGUUUAGAUAGCUAUACCAUGAUAGAAUACAUUGUUUUUUUCCCCAUGAUGGGGAAAUAACCUCCAGAAAAUAUGUAAUGAUGGCUGUUCAUGCUUUGUGCCUGGAGUGUCACUUUAAUCUGAUCUUAUAAACUUGUUUACAUUUCUGUUCAUAAUAACAGUCAAAUUGACAAACUUAAACGUAAUGUAAUGUAUUUGAUAGACUUUGUCUUAAUUAAUAAGUUAUAUUUCUACUGUUUAAAGCGUUUUUAAAUAAAUACAAUAUUUUCCAGAACUCUGCGCCAUAAGCCUGCCGCUUUUGUGACAUCCCUUUCUUAAAAAAAAAAAAAAAUCCAAUCAUUUUCCAUCUACAUGUACACAUCAACCACUAAAAAUAUUUAGUGGAACCUUCUUCUGGAAGCCAAACAGUCUGGGUUAGAAGAAGAGAACAUCCAGGCAGGCACACAGUAAGCAUAUCAUGAUAUGCCUCUAUUGAAGAAGAGGGCUAGCAACCUUGUGAGGGGUAAAUUAGGCAUAUACAAUAACAGAAAUCUGUACAUCAAAAAAUACAGCACAGUCAAGCACUGGCGAGUAGGUUGGUGGAAUAGAGUAGGCAUCAAAACAACCCGACCAGGAGAAAAAGUGAAUUUCAAU